AUGAGACCAUAUACGAGUACUCCAUAAAUCUAACACAGGGAAUAAGCACAUGUAUUUUGCACUUUUAUUUUAUUAGUCUGCUAUUGAGUUUCGUCAAAAUGUGCAACAUUAUAAGUAUCUUUAAUUUUCAUCUUCUUAGACCCAAAUUUUAUGUAACCAAAGCUCAUUAAGAUUCUAAUGAGUAAUUCCUAUCAAGGUAUAUCAUUAUAUUCAAAUUUAAGCAAAACUAGAGAUCCUCCUAAUUCUAGAGAAUUUAAGAAAACCAUUCCUAUUACCAUGGUUUAAGAUAAGGAAAGAUUAUAUGAAGAACUCAAUAAAACUAAACUAAUAUGUAAUACUCUUAAAUUGGAGAAUCAUCAACUCAAAGCACAAUUAAAAAGUAAAGAAACUGCCAUCCUCAAAUCUAGUGAUGUACAUCAUCAUUUUAUUUAGCAUGUUAAUGAGGAGUAGUACUCAUCAUCUAUUACAAAUGCUAUUCCACAAUAAUUUAAGAAACAAAUUAUUGAAGUCCCACAAUCAACUAUUAUUUUGUAAUUGAAAAAACAAAAUAAAGAUUUAAGAGAAGAACUAGAUGAUUUUAAAGAAGAAAUGAUUAGAGUCAAAAGAAGUGCUAAAUUGACUAAAAUCUAAGAAUUAGAAGCUGAAUUGAAAAAUUACUCUGAUGAAUCAUUACGUCUUAAAUAGCUACUUCAUCAAUAAAUACUAAAGACCAUGAAUCCGUAAAUUAUAUCUUCAACUUUCUAGUACUAAAACAGAAUAAAAUAUUGAAGAAAGAAUCAUUUCCUUACAGGAACAGUUGUAGAAAUGCAUUUCUUAAAGAAACAAAUAAUCUUCAGAACUUAAGAAAGCUUAAGAGGAAAUUGAUAAAUUGAACUUUUUAAACCAAGAAUUAGAGCAGAAUUAUUAAAAAAGUAUCAAAGAGAAAACUUAAAUUAAAAAAUAAUUGACUUCUUUAGAAGAAUAAUUUAAUAAGGCUUAAUUAAAUGAUCCAUUAUUUCGUAGAGGAUAAGAUGUUACAUAAAUGAAAUUGGAAUUAGAAAAAAAAGUUGUAGAAAAUAAUCAAUUAAAAAAUGAUAAUAUGAUAAAAGACAGAAAAGUUCAUGAAUUGGAAAGGUAACUCAAAGAAGUCACAAGUACAUUUUAGGAUAAACUGAAUACAGUAACUAAGGAAAAAGAAAGCUUUAAAGAGAAAUAUGAGAAACAAAAGCAAGAACUUAUUGAAUUGCAAGAUAAAUAUUAACAAUUGUUUUUCAAUAGUAAUCGAAAUUUACAGUCAUAAUAAAUAUAAAGUGGUAGAAGAGAAGCACUUUUUACUGUUUAAUCUUAGGAGGAUGUAUAGAAUUAAAGAAGAAAAUCAUAAGAACUGACACCUGAUAGGUAGAAAUAGAAUGAGACAUAAUAAUAAUAAUAACAACAGAUUUAAUAAGAGAAACAAAGUUAUAGAAGAAAAGUUUAAAGGAAAUUGAGUUCGAUUAGAUAAGAUGAUAUUGAGGAAUUAUUAACUUAAUUAAGAUAUAAGUUAAGGGCAUAGAAUAUAAGAAAUGCUGAAUUAGAAUUAUAUUUAUUUCGAUAGAAAGAUACAAAUGAGACAUCUUUAGGAGAGUUGAUAUAGAUUCUAUAAAAUAAACCAUUUAAUUUAAAUUAAAAUGAAAGUGUAUUAAUAUCAAGAUAUUUAAUUGAGCCUUAUGGUGAGAAAGAGAUAACUUAUAAUAUAAAUUUAACAAAAGAUAAUGAAAGUAUAAUGUAAACUUUGAUAAGAGCAAUAGGGAAAUAUAAUAUAUUGGUUGGAGAUGAUAAAAUAUAGAUGCAUGAGUAAAUAAGAUAAAAGUUAAACGAAAAGAAAGAUGAUUUAAUGGGUUAUUUAAAACCAAAGAAAUAGUAAGGUAAUUCAUAAUAAUCAAUAUCUGCUCAAUUACCUGGGAGUUUAGUAAAUAGAUAGUAAUUUAAAACAGCAUUGUUAUAGACAUCAUUAGAUGAAGAAUAAACAGAUGUUCUAUUAUAAACAAUAUAUGAAUUAACUUAAGAUUUUAAUUUUAUAGAUUUAGAGAUGGUUUUUUAAACUUGGCCAAGUUCAGGUCCAAUAAAAAUAAGUAGAGUUUAAAUAGAGUAAUUGAAAGAAGAUGGUGAAUUACCUGAUAUAGUUCGUGAAUGUAUAGAUGGUUUAUUGGAAUAUGCUAAUAAACAGGGAUUAUCAAUAUUAGAUUUAAGAAAAUAGAUAGAUGAAGAUAAUAGUGGACAUGUGGAGAGAAUUGAAAUGAAAUAAUUUAUGGUUAAAUGUGAAAUUCAAUUGAAUGAUGAAUAAUAUGAUUUAGUUAUAGAUCAUUUUGAUUUAGAAGGAGAUGGACGUAUAUCUACUAAUGAUUUUGGCAUUGUUUUAAAUAAAGCUUAUAAUCUUAAGAUGUUAGCAAUGAAAGAAUAAAGAAGUGCUAAGAAAACUUCAAAAUGUAUUAAUAUAUAUAUUUAGAAAUAUUAAAUUUGGUUGCAAAUCAUUUUGUUUAAUUUAUGUAGACAAAUAAAUUAGAUCUAUUUUAAAUUUUUAUGACUAUUGAUUAAGAUGGCUCUGGAUCAGUGAGUAAGGAUGAAUUUAAAUAAAUGUUGAGAACUCGAGUAAGUGUAUAUACUUAAAAGGAAGAUUGUAAUUCCUUUAGAUUAAGAAGAGUAUUCUGAGUUUUUCAAAUUGAUUGAUAAUUCUAAUGAUGGAUAGAUACAUUUUAAUGAGUUUUAAUCACAUAUGAUACCAGAGAUUGAGAAGAUUACUUAGAGACCAUAUCAUGAAUUGUUAAAUGAGUAAACUACUAAGAAAGUUACAUGA